AUUGAAGACAUUGAAAUGCCGGAUUUAGAAAACAGGAUCUGGGAAGAGAUUGAAUUCCUAAAUACCAGAUACAAGGUUGGAAUAUACAACCUGCUGGCCUAUGUGAAACACCUGCAAGGCAAGCAUGAGGAUGCCCUGGAGAGCCUGAAAGAAGCAGAAGACUUGGUCCAGGGAGGCCAGGCUGACCAAUCAGAUGUGAGGAAUCUGGUGACCUGGGGCAACUACGCCUGGGUGUACUACCACAUGGGCAGACUGGCAGAUGCACAGACGUACCUGGACAUGGUGGAGAACAUGUGCCAGAAGUCUGCAAAUCCCUCCCGCUAUAGAAUGGAGUGUCCUGAGAUGGACUGUGAGGAAGGCUGGGCUUUGCUGAAGUGUGGAAGAAAAAAUUAUGAGCGGGCCAAGGCCUGCUUUGAGAAGGCUCUGGAAGCAGACCCUGAGAACCCUGAAUUCAACACAGGGUAUGCAAUCACUGUCUAUCGCCUGGAUUACCCUGCCAAAAGACUAUACAAUGUCAGUGAUGCGUUUUCUCUGCAGCCCCUAAGGCAGGCCAUCAGGCUCAAUCCGGAAGAUGCAUACCUUAAAGCUCUGCUUGCUCUGAAGCUGCAGGAUGUAGGACAGGAGGCCGAAGGAAGAGAGUGCAUGGAGGAAGCUCUGGCUCACAUGUCCUCCCAGACCUAUGUCUUUCGAUACGCAGCCAAGUUUUUCCGCAGACAAGGCCGUCUGGAUGAAGCUCUGGAGUACCUAAAAAUGGCCUUGGAGGCAACACCCAGCUCUGCCUUUCUUCACCACCAGAUAGGCCUCUGCUACAGGGGACAAAUGUUCCAAAUAAAGAAUGCUACCCACAUGCAGCCUAGAGGACGGGACAGGGAGAACGUGGACAAAUUGGUUCAAUUAGCCAUAGAUGAGUUUCAAAAAGCUUCAGUACUAAAGCCGACGUUUGAAUUGGCUUAUGUUCACCUGGGUGAGAUGUGUGCAGAAAUACGCCAGUACGGAGAGGCCGAGGAACAUUUUCAGAAAGCAUUACGCAUCAAGAACAGUGAUGAUCGCAUCCAGCAAGAAAUUCAUUACUGCUACGGUCAUUUCUUAGAAUAUCACUGGAAAUCUGAAGACAGAGCCAUCACUCAGUAUCUAAAAGGUCUAAAAAUAGAAAAAGUGUCCCAUGCCAGGGAAAAACUGCUCAAGGCUUUAGAGAGAUUGGCAGAAAGACGUGUGAACCGGAAUGUCCAAGUUGUGGAAAGUACCGCCCUCCUUGGGCUCAUCCACAAAUUGAGAGGGGAAGUGAACGAAGCUCUGCUGUGUUAUGAGAAGGCUCUGAGGCUGGCUGCUGACCUAAACUCCAUGUUCUGA